UUAACCGGCUGAACCACACAGGGGCCCAUGUAUUUUCCUGCUUCUUUGCAUUACUACUUAUUUUUUUUUUAUUAAAUUCCACAUAUUGUGGAUUAUACCUUCUUGGGUACCAAAUAUCAUUGCAUUCCUAUAAAUAUUCUUUGGCUUUGUUCAUUGACUCAAUUAUGUUACUUGCAAACAGUUGAUCCUUUUAGGUCUUGCUUUUUAAGCUUUUUUUUUUUUUUUUUUUUUUUUUUUUUUUUUGCAGAAUCAAAACAGCAUUAGUUUAGGGCUAAUUUUUCCCACAAUUGAGGCAAAACCAUUCUAAGUAUACUACUUGAUUUCCCAUGAAUUAGGCGAUUUUCCACUGUUGCUGGUGGGUACAAACACUAUGCCUAUCCCUGUGUGAGUUCCAGGACUGUUCUCUUUAAUCCUUUCAGAUAUUUCUUUUCCUAGCCUCAUCUAAUUUCUUCACAUGCAUGAGUUUAUUGUUUUCAGCUGAAUACUCAAAGAGAUCUGUAGAUCUCAAGAAUUCUCUCUCUGUGCAUUUCUCUCCUCUCCAGUAUUCGUCUCCAGAUUCCAUGGACUCCCAAGUCCAUAUUCUCAAUUUGGGGACACUGGCCUCAGCCUUGGUACCUCUCACUGUACCAUCUGCCAGAAACUUUCCCCAGGCACUAAGCUCGUUCUCUUGUUUGUUUCCCAUCUCUCUAGGAUCACUUUUUUCCUAUUGCCUAAGGUCCACUGUAUGGAAAGCAUUAUUUCAUAUAUUUUGUCCUGUUUACAGUAAUUUUAGAUGGGAGGGUAAAUCUGGGCAGAAGUGAAAGUUCAGUCUGCCUGGAUUCAGAUCAUAUACAUGAUAUUCCCUCUGAAAAGAAAAUCAUUACCCAAAUAUAUGAUAUUUUUAAUAGUUUUUAAGUAAUAGGCCAAGUGUAUCUAUUAUACAAAUAUAUUUCCCAGGAAUAUGUAUACAAGUGUGCUAGAAACUGAGUUCCUGAAUCAGUAAUUUAUACAACAGAGGUAUUACUUCCACUAGAAACAAACAUCAAAUCUUCUCACAGUUACCAUACUCUUGUCUUAACAUCUUGCUUGGAAUCACAUGAAACAGGUUAAGUUUGGUAUCUUCAUUUCAACUUUUCCUGUUUUCAGGGUUUUUCUCUUACUACACGGUAACUUAUAUUUCUGAUAUUUAGAGGCCUCUGGCCUAGCUAUUCCUGGUAUACAUACCAGAUUCUGCCUUGACCUCUCCAUCCUACCUCCAGAGCGACUCACCUAUAACAGGACUCAUUUUUUGCAUUAACUUUUAUUAACAAGAAAGACUAGGAUAAAUGAAGAUCAAUGGGAUUGUCAAUAAUCAAGAAUAGUAUCUAUAAUUUAUUGAAUAUCUACCAUGUGCCAGAUGUUCUAUUAUUUUCUCAAAUUCUUUUAAAACCACUAACCAUGAUGAAGGCCUUGGGGAAUCAGGGCUUACAGAAGGGCUGCUUACUCAGUUAAGUAUUGAAGGAUGAGUAGGAAUUAGGUGGGAUGAGGCACGCAGUGGGGGAUCAGGCAGAUGUUCCAGAGAUAGAGAAUGGUAUAUGAAAGGACUUGGAGGCAAGAAAGAAUGUGACUAAUUUGAGAAUUCCAUUUAGAUUGGCUGAAGGACAUAGAAAGUGCAGACAGGGUGGGGAAGUCAGGGUGAGGGGUGACAGAUAAAACCAGAGAGGUAAAAUAGAUUGCCAGGGAUUUGUAAAUGAUACUAAGGAGUUUGGACUUUUUUUUCCUGAGGGUAGUAGAAAAUUCUCGUUGAACUUUUGGCAUAUUACCUUGUUACACAGAGGCAAAUGGGUUAAAAGAAGUAGAAUUGAAUUACAGCUGUGUAGAUGGAGAAAAGUGUAUGUCGGUUUCAAAAAUUCAAUAAUUAUUUUUUCAUGCCCUUCCUCAGCCAUUUAUACAUUAAACACAUAACGACUGCCUGCUAUAUACCAGGCAUUCUGACUAAAUAGUUAUUAAACAAGUGAGUAUUGAAUUAUCGUAAGUUAGCUAUCAUUUAUCGAGCACUUAUUAUAUGGCAGAUACUGUGUUAAGUGCUUUACAUAAACACUGAUACUACCUUUAAGUACGUAAUGAAACAACUAAAGCUCAAGCAUGCUAAUGUCAUAGUAAAUGGCAGAGUCAGGAUUUGAUCUCAGAUCAGUUUGACAUCUUGUCAGAUUUGGUCAUUUACUUAAAUGACUAUUCUUUCACACAUGUAAAUUUUGUUUAUUAUUUUUUCAAAUCCAAAGAUAGAACAAUAAAAUAUUUUGAACUAAAAUAUUUUAACUAAUUAAAUAUUUUUUUUCUUUUAAUCCACAACACAUAUGCGAAUUGCUCUGGAUUUCCAUAAAAAAGGUGCCUUUGUUUUGUAGAUGAGCAAAAUUUUCUAUUAUCUGUAAAGGAGCAUUCAGGCAAAAUUUGGGACACUCAAGCCCCAAAUAAAUUUAUUCCCAAGAUUUACUUAGAUGAUGUUGAGGGUUUUUUUUUUUGUUAUGUUUUUUCUCCUUCUGUGUGUAUCCUUUGUUAAUAUUAAUAAAUAUUAAUAAAGGAUGUAUUUAAAAGGGUAAUUUUAUUUUGAAAUUGGAGAGAGGAAAAUUCAUGCUGCAAUAAUGUCAGAGUUUCCAAGGGAAUAUGUUGUGAAAUUGUUUGUCUAAACACAUUUUAUUUGGGGUUCAGUAUGAAUUUUCAAUAGAUGUUUUUUCAGAUAAGAAAGCAGUAAUUCAAACGCAAUUAUAUAAACAAGAAGAUCAGAGAGGAAUUAUCCUGAAGGGUAUAAAAUGAACCAAGAGCUUUUAGUCUGGGUCAUUAUACCAUCAGCUCACCAAUGCAAAGUAAGCAUGACUGCAAUCUACGUGAUGUCCGUGCUUUUUGGCCUGGCAUGUGGACAAGCGAUGUCUUUUUGUUUUCCAACUGAGUAUAUGAUGCAUGUCGAAAGGAAAGAGUGUGCUUAUUGCCUAACCAUCAACACCACCAUCUGUGCUGGAUAUUGUAUGACACGGGAUAUCAAUGGCAAACUGUUUCUUCCCAAAUAUGCUCUGUCCCAAGAUGUUUGCACCUACAGAGACUUCCUGUACAAGACUGUAGAAAUACCAGGAUGCCCACACCAUGUUACUCCCUAUUUCUCCUACCCGGUAGCUGUAAGCUGUAAAUGUGGCAAGUGUAAUACUGACUAUAGCGACUGCAUACAUGAGGCCAUCAAGACAAAUGAUUGUACCAAACCCCAGAAGUCCGAUGUGGUAGGAGUUUCUAUCUAACUUCAAUAGCAAGGUCACUUGCGGUUCAGUUCAAUGUGUUUACCUGGAAUACAAUUAAUAAAAUACCAAUAUGUUUCACAACA